AUGAUUGUCCGGUUCCUCACCAAAAGGUUUAUUGGCGACUAUGAACCCAAUACUGGAAAUCUAUAUUCAAGACUUGUUCAUAUAGAAGGUGAUCAAAUGUUUCUGCAGAUCCAAGACACACCAGGAUGCCCGGAGAUCCAAGAAGACUUACCACAGAUGCUGGAUUCGCUUUCUGGGUGCCUCAAGUGGGCAGAUGGUUUUCUCUUAGUCUACUCAAUUACCGACCGUCAUAGCUACCAGUUC